UUUGACUUCAUGCAGAUCUGCGCAGACCGCGCGAUAUGUACGUAUCACAUUACCGCGAGAGUGAUUCGAAAGCUACUCUUUAGGUACUGUGAUGUCAUAUCCCGAUAGGUCUGCGCAGCGUUGCAUGAUGUCGAACACACCUUGUGUUUGACGCGCUGUGACGUUCAGCAGCUCCACCGAAGCAAACAAAGGAGGAUGCCGAUCUGCAUGCGGCAGCCAAAUCCCGUUAAAAUGCUUUUAUUUUGUUCCAUAGCGCCGAAAUAGCACGCAAUAAUGUAACAACUGUCCAUUAUCAUAUGGAUAAAUGAAGUGGCGCAGGAUCUGCUGGAGGACGCGGGGGGAGAGAGAGAAUGUACUGGGUUGCUGGUUUCGCCUCCUCCCGGUCGCUCGUGAUUGAUCUCGGCCGGAAUCAGAGCCCGUCCUUCGGCUUGUGUGGCUCUGAUGAACAGCACUUAUUUUAUGGGUACGUAGUAGCCGUUCCGCUGCAGGAUUUCGGUGGGAUCAUGUCGGGAUUGGUGUCGGAUUCCUGGUGGAGGAAGACUCUGUAUAUCACCGGCGGAGCGCUGCUGGCUGCCGCGGCAUAUCUGCUACACGAGCUCCUUUCCAUCAGGAAAGAGGAACAGCUGGAUUCUAAAGAUGCCAUCAUCCUCCACCAGUUCUCCAGGCCAAAGAAUGGAGUGCCAAGCCUGUCACCUUUUUGCCUGAAAAUGGAAACCUAUCUGCGUAUGGUUGAUCUGCCCUAUCAGAACUACUUUGAUGGAAGUCUGUCUGCUCAGGGCAAGAUGCCGUGGAUUGAGUAUAACUAUGAGCAGGUGUGUGGAACUGAAUUUAUUAUUGAUUUCCUCGAGGAUAAACUCGGUAUGAGUUUAAACAAGAAUCUGAGCCCUCAGGAGCAGGCAGUAGCGCGGGCCAUCACCACAAUGGUGGAGGAACAUUUGUACUGGACCAUGGCAUAUUGUCAAUGGGUGGAUAAUGUUCAUGAAACUCAGGAGAUGCUGGACCUUCCUGGACCCCUCAGUGAUCUGCUCAAAUGGAUUAUGUGCCACCUGACAGGUGGGAUAGUGAAGAGGGAGAUGUAUUGUCAUGGCAUUGGCUGCUUCACUAAAGAGGAGGUUUACACCCUCAUGGAGAAAGACAUGCGCACACUGGCCACGCUGUUAGGGGAUAAGAAGUACAUCAUGGGUCCCAAGCUCUCCAGUGUGGAUGCUACAGUGUUUGGUCACCUUGCACAAGCCAUGUGGACGCUGCCUGGCACACGGCCUGAACAGCUUAUUAAAGGAGAACUGAUCAACUUGGCCAUGUACUGUGAGCGCAUACGAAGGAAGUUCUGGCCUGAAUGGUUUGUGGACUUAGAAGACUUCUGUUAUGACAGCGAUAGUGACACCACCAGCGGGACGCCCAGCUGCCAGCUAGACCUUGGCCUCUUUUCUAGGACAGACACUUUUGAAGAAAGUGAACUAAGCUCUGUGUCACAUGCUGACACACACUCACAAGCCUCGGAGCACUCCGGACGCUCCCUCUCUGACUCUGAUAUUGAAGUAGAUGGUUCAGAUGUUGAGCAGCAGGUCAAGGGUUAAAUCGAAUGACCUCUGGCCUUUCUCAGACACCACUGGCUAUAUUUAAGGGGUGAACUUUUGUUAUUAUGGGUCACAUGGUGGUCCACAAUUUCCAGUCUGGAUGAAUCUCACUUCGAUGGAGAUAAAGAGUGUGAGAUAGGAGCUUUAACAUGAUGUCAGUCAUGGAUGUGUAUGAGAUUUACAUCACAGAAGUUGGACACUCCGUUAAGCCCCCUUAGUGAGAAAUUUAGUCGCAAUAUGUGAGUCACAGAAAAAAAACUCAGUUCCACUCAGAAAUCUCAGCUGUUUCAAUCCGGCUUAAUUUUUAAGAAAACCAACUUCUCUGUUAUUUGACCAGUUAAGUUUGGUGCAGUUCAGGUAGAUCCAGGAGAUGUGUACAUUGUUGUAACCCAGUGUUUUACUGCUAUUAUGCUGUAUAGCCUGAAGUGCAGCAUUGUUACAAACAGCAUCCCUAACUUUAAAUACUGUCAUAAAAGAGUUAUUGCUUAUUUGUUUGCUUAGCUCUUUCACAUAAUACGUCAUGGCUGAAACAUAUUAGCUUGCUUGAUCCUGGACGUUUGUGUAAAGUUGACAAUUAGACUCUGAUUUGCUUUGUGCCAACGUAAGUAAAGUUGUGCCCUCGCUUUCUUAACCCUGAUCAUUCCCGCUUCCAGAUCAGCCGAAAAAUAUGGAAUUCAUAAGAAAUGACUAAAUUAAUUUAUUAAACAAUUACACUGCAAAAAUUAAAUUCUUACUUGGUUAUUUGCACUGAAAACAAAAACAAAAAUACUAAAAAAUGCUUAAGUUAAGAUGCAUUUUCUUAAGCAAAAUGACCUAAGAAAAUAAGUCUAGUUUUUAGACAAAAAAUAUAAAAUUUAAGUGAAUUUGUGCUUCAAAUAAGCAACAAAACCUGGCAAUGGGGUAAGAAUUAAUUAAGCACUUAUUUCAAGAUUUUUUUCUUACACCAUUGACAGAUUUCUUUGCUUGUUUUAGGCACAAAUUCACUUAAAUUGUAUAAUUGUCUUGACUUAUUUUCUUAGGUCAUUUUGCUCACAAAGAAAAUGCAUCUUGAUUAAAGGAUUUUUUGUUAUUUGUUCUGAAAUAAAGAAAAAAAAUACUAAGUAAGAAAGUAAUUUUUUGCAAUGUAAAGGGAUAGUUCACCCAAAAAGAAAAAUUCACAUUUUGUUAUAAAACUCUAUACAUUUGUUUUUGUCUGAUAAAUAAACACAAAGAGUUUAGAAUAUACUUUAUUGUCAGGAAAUUUGUUUUGGACUCACAGCUGCAAUAGUAUUCAAACAUACACACAGCACACAAUAGACAAUAAUCACAAUAUAGGAAUAAUAUAAUACAAAAAAGAAAUAAUAAAAAUAGAAAAAAGAACUACAUACUAUUUUAAAAUAUUAAUAGAUACCCACUGAAAGGAAGAUAUUUUGAGAAACCAACCAGAAGCCUCAUUGACUUCCACAGUUUUUUUUCCUACUAUGGAUGUCAGUGGGGAUUUUGUUACAAACAUUUCUCAAAAUAUCUUCCUUUGUGUUCAUCAGAACAAAAAAAUUUAUACAGGUUUGUAACAACAUUGAGGGU